AUGCGCUUCCUCACCACCAUCUUCCUUCUACUCGUCAGCCUCGCCGCUCUCGCAAGCGCAGGCGGAGGAAAUAAACCCGAGACGAUCGAUUACGAUAAUCUCGUGAGGGAAUGCGUCUACAAGUGCAACUACGGCCCUCACUGCAGGCACUACUGCGAGUGCAAGCUGCACGAUAGGAUAGGCAAGGAUACUGUCGUGUGUAAGAAUGACGCGUGCAGGACUGCUCCUACAGGUUGCGAGAAGUACGAACUCAGUGGCAAGGUUCGUCGAGACCAAGCUACUUCCGUGGCUGUUGAUCAGGCUGCGUCCGCGACCGUUGGUCAAGCUUCGUCCGAGACUGCUAGUCAGAUUCACCCCGAGAACAUCAAUUACAACGAAGACGCCCCCGAGGACUUUGUUCAGACUGCUGAUGUCAACGGCAACGACAACACCUGCGCAACACAGGGCUGCGACGUUGGCUUGCCGUAUUGCCUCGAGAAGUGCGGCUUUGGUCCCCAUUGCGGGGGUUACUGCGCCUGUUUCUUGCACUCGAACCCAAAGUCAAUUUGUCGCCAACAAGGCUGCGUCGAGGCUCCCCAAGGCUGCGAGCGAUGGCAGUUAACCGACCACGACAACGCUCUUGCUGGCCCUGAAACCGCCGACUACGAGCAAGUCGCUGCCGCUGCCAACGCUCGAGAGGGAAGCGACGAUGACGACGUCAACAGUGAACACUGUCAAGCUUGCCGCGAUGCCGGGUACGAAUGUAGCAAGAAGUGCGGCAGCGACGAUAUGAUAUGCAAGGCUCUGUGCCUGUGCGCGAGCACUGCGGGAGAUAACUGCCUCAAGUGCAAGUCCGUCGACUGCCCACGCACUUAA